UUCUUUUUCUAGGGUUUGUUCGUUUACAAUUCCUCGAACCCUCUUUUAAUCUGUAUCUGUUGAGCUAGAGAAACAGUAAAUGUUGUCUGUGCAUUGUAUUUGCUGGAUUGGGUUCGUAGGAUCGGGGUGAUUGGAUUGAAGAACUGGGGGAAAGUUCUGUGCUUUGUGUUCUUGCCUUAGUUAUUUUGUUUCAAUGGGGUGGAAAUCUUGUAUACCCUGUUUGGAUGGUAAUAAACUGUUUGUGUGAUUCAAAUUUCAUACCCUUUUGGCUUUCAUUGUUAGUGGAAUGUGAUUUUAGGACGAAUUUGUGCUGCUACUGGAUGUUCUUACUUGUAACUAUGGUUUUGAUUGGUUCAGUAUCUGGAGGGUUUGCGCCUUUCGGGUUCUAAUUUUGUGGAUAUCUGUUUGUUGAUUGGUUUCAGUGAAGAGGGCUAGUGCUCUUUUGCGCGUGUCCCAUUCUCUUCUCCAAAUCUUUUCCAUCCUUCCUAAUCCUGCUAACCAUCCCAAAGCUUUGGGGGUGCUAAACUCUAUCUAACCCAGAGAAAGAAAUGGAGGUCAAGCUAUGGAACGAUAAGCGUGAGCGAGAGAUGUACGAGAACUUUGCCGAGCUCUAUGCCAUAAUCAAGGCUACCGAGAAGCUGGAGAAGGCUUAUGUUCGAGACAUCAUCAACUCAUCUGAUUAUGAGACAGAGUGCCAGAAGCUCAUUGCUCAUUUCAAGACCUUAGCUUCUGCUCUGAAGGACACUGUCCCCAGCAUCGAGCGGUUUGCUGACACGUACAAGAUGGACUGCCCGGCUGCUAUAAACCGCUUGGUGACUUCUGGGGUGCCUGCCACGGUCGAGCACAGGGCUGCUGCUGCUGCCACCGGAACUACCUCGGCUGCAACUGUUGCGGAAUGUGUCCAGAAUUUCAUCACGGCUAUGGAUUCUUUGAAGUUGAAUAUGGUGGCUGUGGACCAGGUGCAUCCUCUAUUGUCAGAUCUCUCGGCUUCACUCAACAAGCUUAGCAUUUUGCCCCCUGACUUUGAAGGGAAGACCAAGAUGAGAGAGUGGAUUUCGAGGCUGUCUAAGAUGGGGGCUUCUGAUGAGUUGACAGAGCAGCAGUCACGGCAACUUCACUUUGAUCUCGAGUCUUCCUACAAUUCGUUCAUGGCAGCUUUACCUAGCUCUGGCGAGCGUUGGUCGAGGGAAACCAAAAUGCAGAUAACAGUCUGUUUUCUUCGUGGGCAAUCUGGCUUGUGGGAAGAGUGCAAGAGGCCACAAUUCCUACAAGCUCAGAAUGUACAGCAGCCGUUGGAUGGAGCUGUCAUGCGUGUGCAGAGUAAACGAGCCCGCUCCCUCGAGCCGAGACUGAAAGGAGUUGUUCCUUUGCUUGCCAUCUUCGAUGGUAUCCAACGUUGAAACUAAGAAACUACUUGAAAAUUUUGUUGAAUUUAAUGGGGGAAGAGGGUGUAAUUUGCUGUUACAAAAUGAGUUUACAGCCAAGCCAACCUUGAUGUCCUCGUUUUCUCCUUUCAAGCACUAAAAGAAAGUGGUAAAAAUUGCCUCCAUUCUCGAAGCCAAGAAGUAAAAAAUAACAGGUUGUAGAGAGCAAACACCAGAUGGACGAAAUGUUCAUCUCUAUUUAAAUCCCCAUUUCACCUGCUGCUUUGUAUGAGAGCUAUGAUAGAUGGCACGAGGGGGAGCAGAAGCAGAAUGAUGAACACAAUCCCCAGUAUAAUGGCGUAGCAGGUCCACUUCCUGGAGCUCUUCUGAUACUCCCUGGCCUCCUGGAGCUGCUCCGUCCCACGUCGGACGAACGAGCUAGCGUGCGCGACGUGGCUCUCGAUGUCGUUGAGCUGGUGUCCCUGAGCCUCGACGAGGGCAGCCAUGUCGAGGAAAACCUGAUGCAGCUCGAUCAGGUUCUUCUCGAUCUCCUUCACCGCGUCGUUUCUCUCCUGGAUCUCCGCUAUCGUGUCGAGAAUCUGGCCCCUCCCCUGCUCCUGGAUCGCCUUCUGGAGGAAGCUCUCGCUCUCCCCGCUCGCGAUCAAAUCGUCGAUCAGCUCCUCGCUCGCCUUCUCCCCCGUGAUGGUGAAGUACCUCCUCUCCACGGUCUCCUUGUACUCUGCAGACAUUUUGGCCCUCAGGUUCUGGAAAUUGUCCAUCAGGUCCUUCAGCUUCUUCCCCAACCCUCCGACCACAGAAGUCCUCGUUCGAUCCGCCGAUGAGCCGGGCCCACAUCCGGGCACGCUUCGAGCUGCGACAUUCGACCUGUCCAGCGCUUCCAGCUUGCCCUUGAUCAGCUUGACCCGCUUCAGGACCUGACCGACAUCGGCGUCCAUUUUGGCCCUCAGGGCCUUUACAGUCUUGGCGUUGUGCACAGUCUUGCAUUCCUCGUUGGCCUCCUGCAGAGAUUUGUGCAGCUUCUCCACGGUUUUCAUGUCUUCCUUGACAUUCUCGACGUCCUCGAAGAACUUGUCGAGGUUGCUGUUCUCCUUCCCGGCCUCCAGGUCGUCCAUCCGAGUCUGUUCCCUCAGGUCGGUGUACUUCUUGAAGGAAUUUGAUAAAAGGUCAUUCAUGUUUGCGGGAUUUUUUUUAGCAAAUUCCUCCAAAAAUGAUUAGUGUUAAUUGUGAUUAAUUAAACAGUACUUGUCAUCAAACUAUCUUCCUCUUCAGGGUUGAUGAGGAGGAAGAGAUAGAGGUGACGUGAGAAGCAAGAAAUUUGUGUUCUUGCGGAACAGAAGAUUGGGGUUUUUCUCUUUUGGGGUUGAAAGGGAGGCCAGGGGAGGAAAGGAAGAAGGUAGAAGGAAGAGGGUUAUUAUGAGAUUAAUUAUUUUUAGGAGGGCGGUAAAAAAUGGCUUUGGUAAAAAUUUGACUCUCAAG